AUGGAGAAGAAGACUCCUAAAUCCGGCGGCUACGGCUGGUCGAAGCUUCCUCAUGAUUUGCUGCGACCUAUUUUCGAAAGCUUGGGUUUUCCAGAUUUCCGGCGAGCCAGGAUUGUUUGUUGGAACUGGCACUCUGUUUCGAAACUAACACUUCCAAGAAAAACCGAAUCUCCAUGGCUAAUGCUGAUCCCAGAAGGAGACAAUGGUUGCGUGUUGUACAAUCCAGAAGAAGACAAGGUUUACACAACAAUGAGAGACUUCUCAGGGGUUCGAUUUCUUGCAAACUCUGGUAACUGGUCUCUAGUCCUAGACUCUCGAUCGAAUCUCUACAUUAUCGAUCUUUUUAGCGAAGAAAAGAUCGAUCUUCCGCCUCUAGAGUCGAUCAAACCUUGUAAGUGUACUCUCAAGCGAGUAGGAGAUAAAGAUUUCGAGAGAAGAGUUUAUGAUGUUCGUCACACUUCUGUUUCAAUACUGAGAACUGAUGUUAUGAGGGGUCGUUUGUGGGUAGACGAGAAAACGAAAGAGUAUGUUGUCUUGUGGUUUUUCAACGAACCUGCGAAUUGUGUAUGCUUUUGCAAGAACGGUGAUGAUCGUUACACUAACAUUCCUCUGCGUUUCAAUAUCUUUAAUCGUAAACAAGCGAUAUACGAUGUGGUACUCGUCCGUGGUCACGAUCUUUACAUCCAAAGCAAUCGUGAUUAUAUUCGACACCUACGUUUGUGUGGACCACAAGGUUUCGAAGAUGUCUCCUGGAGUAAUCCAGUAUCACGUCGUACGCCAUGUCAGCUUCAUGCUAAUUGUGACAUUACUGUGGUUACAUCGUCAGGAGAGGUUAUGUUGGUCCAGAGCAUUCUUGACAAGACAUCAACCGAAAGAGGUAGGAGCUUCCGCGUGUUUAAGAAGAAUCCUAAACCAAACCCUAAUCAGUAUUACGUUGAGGUUGAUUCUUUAGGUGAUGAGUCUUUGUUUCUUGGCUUGCGUACCACGGUACCUGGUAUCCAACCAAACUCAAUCUAUUUCACGAGUUAUGACUCUGUUUGUUGGCGUCUCUUGGAGGAUUUAAACAUGGACAUAUGUGUGUUCAAUCUUGCCACCAAGACCUUCAAGAGCUUCCCUAGAAUCUCCAACAUGAAGCUCAAAGCUGCCCGAUGGUUUCUACCUGAUAGUUGCGGAACUUGA